AUGCAGCUCAAGACUCUUCUCGUACCUUUUGUCCUCGCCGAGGCGGUGCUUUCUCAAAGCGUGCCGAUCCGCAUCAUGUCCUUCAACAUCCGAUACGCCACCAGCUCUCUCGAAUCUGGCGAGAAGCCGUGGUGGGAUCUCUUCUGCGGCAUCACCAAGUCUCGCUGCAGACAGCGCUACGUCCUUGAGGCCAUCUCGGAUGCCGCUAACGCCGCGCCGGCCGGCGCCGCGGUAAUUGUUGGUCUGCAGGAAGCCCUCAACAACCAGAAGGAUGACAUCCAGAACGGUCUCGGCGACGGCUGGUCGCACCUUGGCGUCGGCCGCGACGACGGAAAAAAGGCCGGAGAAUUCAGCGUCAUCUUCUACCGCAACGACGCGCUCAGGCUGCUGUACCAGGAGACGAAGUGGCUGUCGCCCACUCCCGACGUCGUCUCUUACGGCUGGGGCGCCGGCAGCAGGCGCAUCGUCACCAUCGGCGUUUUCGAGCACAUUGCCACCGGGAAGAGGUUCAUCCACGCCAACACGCAUCUAGACAACGUCAGCGACCAGGCCCGCUCCGAGGGAAUCAAGGUCGUUGUGUCGAGGAUCCAGGCCGUACAGUCGACGUACGGCCCGCUGGGCGUCACCCUGACUGGCGACUUCAACUCGGAUCCCAAUGGCUCCGCAUACCGAGUCCUGGCGAAUGGAGGCUUUGUGGAGGAUCUGUACAACAAGGCUCCGAGGGUUGGCAGCCUCACGGGGACGUACACCACGUUCGAUACCUCCCUCCAGAACUCGGCUUCUCGUAUCGACUUCAUCUGGCUUGGACCCCAGUCGGCGAACAAAUACUCGGUCCAGAAGAUUGAGAUCAAGAGCAACAUCGCUAGUGGCGUCGUCAUCAGCGAUCACCGCCCCGUUGUCGGCGACGUAACCCUUUUGUCUUAA